AUGGAGGUGCUUCAUGACUUGCCCUACUAUUAUAGACAACGGGAAGGCACUGACAAUUUGUCCCCGUCAUUAAUUUCUGAUGCAGUACACACACCACUGCAAGUUCCAGCACGGCCAACUUCAUCAGAGGACAGGUAUCGGGAGCUGAGACAAUCCUAUUCAGCAUACAGACUGCCAUGGGGCUCAGAAAGAGAAUAUGGUGGGACGAUGCCCAUUUUAAUACCAGAAAACUAUAGACCAAAAUCGGAGCCUCCUCGAUACCUCACCAAAGGACACAGACAUUAUGGCUAUGGGGGAGACCCCUGGCCAAGACCCUCGCACCUAACAGAGGCUUCAUCCAUGUUUGUCCGGUCAAGCUGGACAGACUGGGCUCUAGCAACAAACACAGCUCGGGUCAAGUAUCAGCCACUGCCCAUGGGGUUUCCUAUUGCACACCCUUAUCAGACACACAUCUCUCGCUGUGCCCUUUUCCCAACCUUCGCCUCCCCGAUGGACGUGUGCAAAGGCCUUGAUGAUGUGAGCCUUCAGCAGCCUUUUCCUGCCACUGUGCCCACUGGGCCAUAUGAAACCACCGUUCUGAAGAAAGCCAAAGGUAAUUCUUAUCGGCAUGAAUCCGUGUACUUUCCCUCUGACUCAGAAAAGAAAGCCUUGCGUUGGCCUGGGCAGGAAUUGUAUUAUGAUAUUCCUAAAUUUGAUCUCAAGAAUACACAGAUAUACUAUCCCAAGCCUCCAAAACUCGUAGCACCAAACACCACCUUAACAUCACUGGAUCCUUUAUACUGUAAACAAGAAGCCAACAUAAAAAGAAAUCUCGAGCGAUCCCACUGGAUUACGAGCUACACACAUGAUUUCUCAGGUAUGGGUCCUAUAAAUCCCCUUGAAAUGGAUGACUAUCAUGAAAAGGAGGUAGCCACCUUAACUGGAGAGAUAGAAUUUGACCCACCACCUCAAGAAAAAUCCCAUCCAGAAUUCAUUCCACCCAGGCCUUUAGAAGGAAGAAUUUCUCGCAUAUUACAGGGCCGCCGGCCCAUCGAAUCUGUAAUCCACAACACAGAGCCUGCUAUGCCCCCAAUAUUUACUACGUGCCCCGAAUGCGCUUCUAGCCUCCCGUGCAGGGUCCAUUAUCUGGUACCCAGCCAAAGCGAGAUGACGCUCGUGAAGGGCGCCACUCCGAAUGGACCCGUGAUCCCCAACAGACCAGCUUCUGAAGCUGAAGAGAUGAUCCGAUACGGAUUAAUACCAUCCUUACCGCACGUCCCCCCACCUCCCUGCAAGACAAAUGAAGGUCUGUACAAUUUCUACAAGAUUUACGAGCCAAACCCGUACCCCAAGAUCACGGACACUUACAAGAAUAACGCUCUGUACUGGAGGCAGCUGGCGGUCAGACCCACCUCCGAGCCGUGCAUCCCGUCUCCAGACGCCCCGUACUACGAUGACCUGAAGCCCAGCCGAUUCGACCAGUGUAUAGUGUGGCACAACCCCAUCAGCCUGAACAAGCCCAGCGUUCUACCAAACCCAGAAGACCAAGAACCUCCCUACUUCCCCUGUUACCAUCUCAUCCACGAGCCACAGAUUCCUGACAUGGGAAAUAAAGAAGAAAAAAAUCCCCUCAAGUGGUUUCCCAACGUGGAGAUACCUCUGCCGGUGACCCGCCUGAAAGAGCUCCAGGACUCCUUCUCCAGGUCCGAUGCACAGAGACAACUUCUAGAGUCAGGCGUGAUUCAGAGUCCACGGACAGUGGGCUCAGAUUUAGAGAUCGUGUAUGGCAAAGGGACGUUCACCGCUCCUGGGAGCCACUUCGCCAGACACCACAAGAGAUUCCUCUUAAACAAGGUAUGA